CCGGAAGCGGAAGUCGUGCGCUGGACCGUUGCUAGUGCGCCUGCGUGGGCGAGAAUUGCGGGCCAGUCAGGAACUCUGUUGUAGCCGCCAGUGUGAAAGACCGGCCCAUGGCGCCAGUGUUCCAGUCCAGCUACCCAGAGGACACCCCGGGCGCUGGGAGACAGCGACGCAGCUCGUCCGAGAGCCCGCCAUCCGCACAGGCCAGACACUCCCCUUGGGUCAGCCGUACUCACUCCCGCGACCGCGAAGGCCUCAGGCCUUCGUGGAGUAGUCGGUCGGGUGUUGGAGCCUCUUACCCCUUUAACCGCCCUGGGUCUCGAGAGCGGCCACCCGGGCUCCGCAACUACGGCUUCUCAUCCUCUAAUUUCUCCAGUGGAGGGUACCGUUACCAUCAACACCACUAUGUGGGCGACAGGCAGUGGGCGGAGGACUGUGAGAAAGAGAAGGAGGAGAGCUAUCGCCAGAGGCGGCUGAAAGAGAGAGAAAGGAUUGGGGAGUUGGGAGCUCCUGAAGUAUGGGGGCUGUCUCCAAAGUUUCCUGAGCCAGAUUCUGAUGAACACACCCCGGUUGAGGAUGAAGAGGUAAAGACCAAGAAGAGCAGCAGUUCAGAUUCCAGCUUCGAAGAAAAAAGGAAAAAGGCCGGUCGUUCAAAAAAUAAAAAGAAAAGAAAGAAAAAGUCCAAAAGAAAACAUAGGACAUAUUCUGAUAAUAGUGACAGUGAUUCGGACUCCGACACUAAUUCCAGCUCUGAUGAUAAAAGGAGAGCAAAAAAAGUCAAGAAGAAAAAGAAACGCAGAGCUAAAAAGCCCAAGAAAAAGAAGACUAAGAAGACUAAAAAAGAAUCCAGUGACUCAAGCUAUAAGGAUUCAGAAGGGGAGUUGCCAGAAGACGUCUGGAUUGAGCAGUCAAAGAUUGCAGAUAACAUGGAUCUAAUAGGUCCAGAGGCACCUAUUACACACACCUCUCAAGAUGAGAAACCUUUGAACUAUGGCCAUGCUCUGCUUCCAGGUGAAGGUGCAGCUAUGGCUGAGUAUGUAAAAGCCGGAAAGCGUAUCCCACGAAGAGGUGAAAUUGGGUUGACAAGUGAAGAGAUUGCUUCUUUUGAAUGCUCAGGUUAUGUUAUGAGUGGUAGCAGACAUCGCAGAAUGGAGGCUGUGCGCCUGCGUAAAGAGAAUCAGAUCUAUAGUGCUGAUGAGAAGAGAGCCCUUGCAUCGUUUAACCAAGAAGAGAGACGGAAGAGAGAGAAUAAGAUUCUAGCUAGUUUCCGAGAGAUGGUGUACCGAAAAACAAAAGGGAAAGAUGAUAAAUAAGGACUUUUGUUCCAUAGCAGGACUUUCAACGAUUUUAUAUGACCAAAAUUAAAAGGCUUUAUGGUGCUACUGUACCAACUGGCUUCAUUUCCUCAUGGAGACAUUCAUUUACCCAGGGAAAACCAGGAGAACACCACGAAGAACAAAGGAUUCAAUUGAGUGUAUACUUCUGGUUUGCAUUUAACAGAGUUAAAAGUUAGUUUUAUUGGUUCAUUUUCCUCUUUUAGCUUGUUUCCCUUAAAUAAUAGGCUGCCAAAGCUCCUGAGUUUGGUUAUGUAUUUCCUGGUCCACUUAUGAAAAGAGAAGGAAAAUUUUUGUCUUGGCAUUCCAAAUAAGACUACUGAGACUCAGCCUAAUUAGACUAGCUUAGGUCACAUGCCCCGCCGCCGCCACCCCCCCCCCACCCCACCCCCCGCUUCCGGAUAUAUCAUUGCCCCGGAAAUAGAAUGACUUACUCCUGAUCUGCCGAGUUGCUCACUUUAUGGACUAUGUGGGUAAGGAAUGGAUACCUGAGUAUCCAUAUUAGAGUAAUGUUAGGAAGGCAGGGGUAGGCAACCAACAGGUGCCCACUACAGUUCUGAAUGACUUUUAAAAAUAUAUAUAGUACUUGUGCUGAAAGCCAACAUUUUUUUUUUGAAAAACUUGGCUUUGACUAUCAGAAGCCAAGGACCUGAUUGAAAGAGUCCUGGGGUUUACCCAUAAAAAUAGACAUUAAAAAGAUAACAAUCCAGAGUGCUUGGGUAUUCCAACGAGUAGAUUAGGUGCCAGCUAGACGAGGAAGAGAAAGAGCAAAAGGAGGAGGUAUAAAGAGAUGGUUGGUAGAGCUCAUGAAAAGAUCAGAUCAGGAAGGACCACGUAGACAAGAGAGUUAACCUUGAGACACUGGUUAGCACCAGUGCUGGAAAGACAUUUAGAGCAAGCUCCACUUGUGGUCUAUGAUAAGACCUUUAUUGUCAUCUAGUGAUAUCUGACCAAACUUAGACUUUCAGUACAAAUGAAAACUAUAUAAUUUGGAUAAGCCCCUUUUCAAGCCACAAGACCCUGGAAAGCCCACAGAGCUGAAAGUGAAAGGAUGUGGCUCUAGAAUCUGGCAGGGCAGAGUUGAUGUAGAGGAACUUUUACCCUGGAUCACACUAGCUUGACACUGGAUCACACUAGCUUGAGAUUUUCCCAAAGAGAGUAUGGUUGAGUAUGUAUAAUAAUCGUAAUUCUUUUGUGUGUGAAUUAUCCACAUUAUAUAUUUGUCUAUUUUCCUAUUGAGUUUCUGAUAUUUUUCUUAUUGAUCAUAAGAACUCUUCAAAUAAUAAAUAAAUCAGUUCUUUAUUACAGAACUUGAAGAUACUUUCCCCUUAUUUGACUUUUGAAUUGCUUUUUUGGGAGACACUUGAUCAUGUUGCCCUUUAAGCCCUAAAGACUCUAGUAGCCAUUCAGUGAAUUGUCUUUCUCAUGUGAGGAAAAGAUGUAGCUCAGAAACUGUGGCUCCUAAGUAAACCAAGGUAAGACUGGUGGACUUCUGUCCCUCUCUCUUUUGGCUGCACCAAGCUGCAUACAGGAUCUUAUUUCCCUCUGCACUGGAAGCCUGGUGUCCUGACCCAUGGAUCCCUUGGGAAUUCCUCAUCUCUUUGCUCUUAACCUAAUAAAUUCAGCUGCAUUUUUAUGAAGAUACUUAUGAAGUUUUACUAUCAAGCAUGAGGGAGGUUUUUUGGUUUGAGAUAUGUGUAUGUGUGUGUUUUUCCAUAUAAAGGAAGUAUCCAUCUAUUCCUAUUUUAUUAGGAGUUUCCCCAUUUAUUCAGAAAUGUUUGUUGAAUUUUAUUAAAUGACGUUUUAGCAUUUGUAGUUAUUAGUCUAUUAAUAUGCUGGUUUUAAAGUUAUGGAUUUCCUAGAAUUAAACUAUGUGUUAAGUUUAUUAGAUUCAUUUGGAAGUUUUUGAUUAUUUAAAACAAUGAUUGACUACAAAUUUUUCUAUGCCAUAAUUCACAGUAAUGAAUGAGUAUGGGUGGAAGCAGAGAGAAUAGUGGAAAGAAUCAUUACAAAAAGAUACUUGUAUCUCAUGGCUAUAAUGCAGUAGUGCCUCUACUUAUCAUACAGAAAAGGAAGCUUUUAUUUUAAACAUCAUGGACCUGGACCUGAUGGAAACAUAUAAAUGACCAUUUUGUUUACAGAAAUGAGGAUAAUCUUAGAAAAUGGAAAUCUCAAGUUCAAAAAUUGAUUUGUAUUAUUAGUGAAAUGUAGCUCUGUCUUGGUAAAAAUGGUAUUUUGAUUUAUUCUCACUUUAUCUACCUGUACCGCUUCCAAAAAAUUCAGCCUACUUAAAAAUGCACACCUUAAAUUCUUUUAAAAAAGCUCUCCUUUGUCUAGCUUCAUUGUGUUUUUAUUUUCAUGAUAUCCAAUGCAAUGACAAUAAUCUCAGCCUUGAUAAUAUGAGUGACAUUUAAGCCAACCAUGGUAGGGAGUUUGGAAGUGGGAAUAAAUGAAUUAGGAUAUAUUUGCUUCCUUUUAAAAUUGAAAUUUAUAUUUACCUCUUGUAUAAUUUUUUUGAGGGAAAGCUCUUGAAAAAAAUGAGAUACGUAUUUCCCCCUCAGGACAGAAUUAUUAACUUUUAAUUAGUAAAAUAUUCGCAUUGAUUGGAUUUGUUAGCCUAAGGAAAAGUUUUUAAGUAUAUACAUUGUACUUUAACUUUUUUUUAAGUUAAACUUUUAAAAGAUAUUUUUAGGUUUUUGAGACACAAGGGGAAAAAGAACUCUCUUGGUAAUGGAGUUUUUUUUUUUCUGUUAUGAUAAUUUCAGGCUUGAAACAAUAUGAAUUGUGUGAUAAAACAAUGGUUAGUAAGAUAUUUGUUUCAAAAUUAACCAACUGAUUAAACCAGUUUGUUCAGAUUUUUUAAAGGGUUUAUUUUGUUCACAGAUAAUAAAAAUACAGUUUAUGAUGA